GUACUCGUGAUCAUCGACGCUCACGCACACUACACCACGGCACCGGCAAAGCUUCAGUCCUUUCGCGCCCGGCAGAUCAUCAACCAGGGGCGUCCGUCGCCUGCCAAGCUCAACAUCAGCGAUGAGGAGCUCGAGCAGUCCAUGGGCUCGCAGUUCAAGCGAAUGGCCGACACCGGCAUCGACCGGCUGCUGUUCUCGCCGCAGGCCUCGGCCAUGGGCCACCACUUCGGGUCGGAGCUUGUCAGCCGCUACUGGAGCGAGGCCUGCAACGACCUCAUCGGCCGCAUCGCCAAGCUGUGGCCGGACAAGGUUUCGCCGGUGUGUCAGCUCCCCCAAUCGCCGGGAGUCAGCCCCAAGAUCUGGGUGGAAGAGCUCGAGCGCCGCGUCAAGGAACAGGGCUUCAUCGCCUGCAACAUCAACCCCGAUCUGUGCAGCGGCCGCGAACCGUGGACACCGUCUUUGGGUGACGAGUGGUGGUACCCCUUGUGGGAGAAGAUGGUGGAGCUGGACAUACCGGGAACCAUCCAUGCGAGCGCGUCCCUGAACCCGGCCUUCCACAUGACCAGCUCGUACUACAUCGGGCAGCACCACAACGGCGCCGUGGAGCUGUUGAGCUCGCGCGUGUUCCAGGACUUCCCGCAGCUCAAGAUCGUCAUCCCCCACGGCGGCGGCGCCGUGCCCUACCAGUGGAACCGCCACCGGGGCAUGCACGUGAUGGAAGGCCUGGAACCGUUCGAGGAGGCGGCCCGCCGGGUGUAUUGGGACAUGGCCAUCUACGACGCCGAGGGCAUGGAGCUGUUGAUCAAGCGCGUCGGGUCCGACCGGGUGCUGUUCGCCACCGAGAUGUUCGGCGCGGUGAACGCCACCGACCCCCAGACCGGCCGCAAUUUCGAGGAAGUGGUGCCGAUCUUCGCGUCCGUCCCGGGCCUGAGCGACGAGGACCGCUACAACAUCACCGAGGGCAACGCCAAGCGGCUCUACGGACUGCCGUAG